GGCCGAGCCUUUCUGUUCAAAGCCCGGGCCGGUGUGGGCUGUUGCUGUUCUUGUUUGGUCUUGGUUGGCCUGACCCAUCUUUGCCGGCGUUUGACUGUGCGAGCCUAGAGUUGAUCUUGCUGCUGCAAUCCUGCACCCGAGUGGAGCCCGUCCUGUUUGCCUUUGGUCUGGGCAACUUUGGAUCGUUCGCGCUUGCCUUCGACUUUCUCCACCUGGACAUACCACCACUUCUGCGCAGCUUCUCGCAAAUUGAGCUUGCGGCGCCUGCGUUUGGAAUGGGGAAGGUGGACUUUUUGCUUCCUGUCCCGGACAUGAGUGGACUCGACCCAUUUCUUUUCGUGCGCUCUUCUACAUUUGCAUCUGACCUCUUGCACUCAGACUUCGCGCUGCUGCCUCGCAGCUCUGCUUGCCCUGGCUUGGCCGUAUUGACGUCCGGAGCGGCCAACCUCGGCUUCUCCUUGCUGGCACUCGAUCGUGGACACCUGGGCCUGUCUCCCUCUGCACGGUCACUGGCAAAGACGGGUCCAGUGGUGCCUUUCUCCGGCAUGGGAUGCCCGGACGCCGCAGCUUCCACCUUUGACUGCGGCCACACGGGCUUGAUCCCACUGCUUCAAAGCGCGGCUUGA